AUGACGUCCCCGUAUCCUCCCUAUAACUCGAUCUCCCCAUCCGAUAUGGCCAGUGCACCCAAUAGGUCCGUUUCGGAUUUGCCACAGUCUCAAGUGGACGCCAUCAUUCGUACAAAGCGUAAAGCGCGCGAACCCAAAGCUUGCUACCCAUGCCAUGCGCGCAAAGUUAAAUGCGAUCGCAACUUACCCUGCGAUGGAUGUGUCAAGCGGGAUCACGCGGAUCUCUGUUCAUACGAACGCCCUUCCAAGAAACGUUCCCAAGCUUUUCUGGAGAGCCCUGUGGGUGGCGCCUCAGCAUCUUCCACAAUGGAGCAACCUCCGUUUUACGGCUACGACGAUAGUUCAGCGAAUGUAAAGCAUGAACAUGCCUCCAACCAUCGAACUGGGACCAACAACGCCGGUGGGCGUGUAACGAUUGCCCGUGAAGAAUGGGAUAAUGUACGCAACCGACUACGGGAGAUGGAGUCAACAAUAUCUUCUUUACGUAUGGGGCUAGAACGGGUCGAAGAAGAGCCUGCUGCGACGCUGGACUCUACGAGUGUACAGAGCGCAGAUGCGGGUUCCCGUUCCAAGGGAGCCUCGCCAGAGCGUGAAGGCAUUCACGCUGCAAACACGCUUGGCCAAGGCACUGUCCACCUGGGAUCGCGUUCAGUUUUGGCUUAUAUUCUUAAUAACAAGACUGGGUCGGAUCAACUACAAACUCUCCUUGAGGGAGGCAUAUUACCGAAGCUGGGGCUUGAUAACGAGUCAGCAACUUAUCCAUUUGUUGAUCUUUGGUCCUCGGACAUGUCAACCUUUGACAUUACCGCCGUCUGCAGCGCGCUUCCCUCAGACCAACAGUGUAGAGAGUUCUUUUAUUGUUACAAGGAAAUCUCAGGAGCAAUUUAUCCUGUCAUAGAAGAUAUCGAAAGCUUCGAAAACAGCCUGGAGCUUCUUUUACAAAACAGGGUCGCUUCCGGUGGAGUAUAUCGAGAGGAUGUUGAUGAGGCUCAAAACCCAUUUGGGGUAAGCAUUGCAUACUUGGGUCUAUUGUUCUCUGUCCUGGCAUCUGGCACACAAUCUUCCGAUCUUGGAAGCAAAGAGCGAGAAUUGACGUCUCAGGUCUAUGUAUGCUGUUCUUACCAGUGCCUCCGCAUGACAAAUUUCUUAUCCCAGCCAACGAUCGAAGCCAUUCAGACACUCCUGGUCAUUGGUAAUGUUCUGUCUUAUAACAUGAAUCCCGGAAUCUCCUAUGUCUUGCUGGGCAUGACACUUCGAAUGGGGCUGGCGCUUGGUCUACAUGUUGAAUCGAGUAGAUUUUCACCACCUGAGAGAUAUCGGAGGCGACAUGUUUGGUGGUCUAUGGCGUGGCAGGAUAGCCACUUCUCUCUUUCCUACGAUCGCCCUUCUACCACGGCUGUCAGCCAGCCAGAUAUCGCAUACCAGGAGGGCUCUAAACCAGGCGAUCUUUCAUAUUUCGAAACUCUCUGUCGAGUUAUUUCACUGGCAUUGGAAGUGGUUCGCCUUCGAAUGCUCAGUCCCCAUGCACAAAUCACUUUCGAAAGCAUCCAGGCGUAUAAGGAAAGAAUCCAGACUAUUAUGGACGAGGCGAAGUUCUAUCUUCGCGAUGCAAAAUGGUGCUCUACUCCGACAGAACACCUAGAGCGGGUUGUACUGAAACUGCAUUCCUCAUACUUUUCAUCCGAGCUCUGUCGACCCUCACUCAAGCCUACAAUUGAUUCCUCCAACGCUAGUACUGUUAGCAUGCGCGCAGACUGCGUGGCCAAUCUGAUGAUAACUGUGGAGUCUUAUAUUGAACUACACAAUAUCAGCACCCACGCUGCUCGGUCAUGGAUUGCGUUGCAGCGAGCGAUCAGUUCAGCGUUUUUGCUGGCAGUUGUUGAGGAGGCCAAAUCCGAGCCGAAGGUUUGGACUCUUUUGCGACAGCUGGAGGGUAUAAUUGCGCAACGGGCUCAUAAUGAGACGGCAUAUGACGGCGCCGCUGGUAGUAUAACCUCGCCGCCGCAGGCGAUGAACACAUAUGAUCCAAUUACCGGUGCGACAAACCCCCCGAGUUAUGUUGCACCGGUCGUGGAUCCUACCUCUCCUGCUGCAGCCCCUGAAGCCCAGACACAAUGGGCCAAGUCUUUGGCCAAAACUCACCGCGCUCUACAAAAGCUUCUCAGUGCCUUUGGUAACCAGAAUUCGCGCCCUGUGAAUGGACGUAGCCCUGCGUUUCUAUCUCAGAAUAACCAAAACUCUACUUCUACCGCUUCUAUGGGUGUUUUUGUUGCCCCUGGCUCAGCCGGUAUGACGCCUAGUGUAGGGUCUCUCCCACCACCGACACCGGAAAGCUCGGGUAGUGGUGAAUGGACUAUACCCAACAUCCUUGACCGGGCCCAAGAGUACAUCCACCCGCCGCUAUGGGGCUGA